CAGCUGUCAGUCCUUUCCGGACUGUCCGCUUAUGAUCACAGACACGGAAGGGUCGCUGAGGUGGCGGAGCUGAGGUCCAGACCCUACGGCCAAACUCAGAGCUUAUAGUGGAUACUGACCUGGCAGUUGGGAAGAAAACACCAGAAGGGCCUGCCUCUAGGAGGAUGUCGGCCUGUUUCCGUCCGCCUGGGAAUGAGACCCUGCUGAGCUGGAAGACCUCGCGGGCCACUGGCGCCGCCUUUCUGCUGCUGGCGGCGUUGCUGGGACUGCCGGGCAACGGCUUCGUAGUGUGGAGCUUGGCGGGCUGGCGGCCCGCUGCGGGUCGGCCACUGGCGGCCACACUUGUGGGGCACCUGGCGCUGGCCGACGGCGCGGUGCUGCUGCUCACACCGGUCUUUGUGGCCUUCCUGAGCCAAGAGGCUUGGCCCCUGGGCCAGGUGGGCUGCAAGGCGGUGUACUACGUGUGCGCGCUCAGCAUGUACGCCAGCGUGCUGCUCACCGGCCUGCUCAGCCUGCAGCGCUGCCUAGCCGUCACUCGGCCCUUCCUGGCUUCCCGACUGCGCAGCCCGGCCCUGGCCCGCCGCUUGCUGCUCGGGGUCUGGCUGGCUGCCCUGGUGCUCGCCAUCCCGGCAGCGGUCUACCGCCACCUCUGGAAGGAUAGCGUAUGUCAGCUGUGCCACCCAUCCGAGGUGCACGCCGCUGCUCAUCUGAGCCUGGAGACCCUGACUGCCUUCGUCCUGCCUUUUGGGACUGUGCUCGGCUGCUACGGCGUGACGCUGGCGCGGUUGCGGAGCGCGCGCUGGGGAUCGGGGCGACACGGCACGAGGGUGGGCCGUCUAGUGAGCGCCAUCGUGCUGGCCUUCGGCUUGCUCUGGGCCCCCUACCACCUAGUCAAUAUCCUGCAGGCGGUGGCCGCGCUCGCUCCACCGGAAGGGCGCCUGGCCAGGUUCGGCGGGGCGGGCCAGGCGGCUCGCGCCGGGACUACGGCUUUGGCUUUCUUCAGUUCCAGCGUCAACCCGUUGCUCUACGUCUUCACUGCAAGGGAUUUGCUGGUCCGGGCAGGGCCCCGGUUCCUUACUCGGCUCUUUGACGGUUCUGGGGAGAACCGAGGGGGAAGCCGCUCUAGGGAGGGUACCAUGGAGCUCCGAACUACUACUAGGCUGAAAGUGGGCCAAGGCAGGGGCAAUGGAGACCCUGGAGGCGGGGUCACCAUGGAGAAAGACAGUCAGGAAUGGUAGACAAGAUCCCAAACCCUAUCUCGGGGCUCUCCUACCACUUUCCUUUGUCCCCAGAGCUCUGGAGUACUUGGGGACCCUCACCUGACUGCAGUUUGGGUUUGGCUGGAUCAGAAUUACUCUAUCUGGCCCAGAUUCCUCCAAACCCUGGGAUUGCGAGGUGUAUGUUCAAAAUUUGUGCUCGUAGUACAGCCUGGAUCCAGGUACCAACACUGCUUACAUGUUGCC